AUGUCUUCUUUUUCUUCAAAUUCAAGUUUUGAAGAAAAAAUCGAGGCUGUUUAUGAAAAACUUAAAAAAGACAGAGAAGAGGAAGAUCAACGUAUAGAAGCCAGUGGUCGUCUAGAUUAUUAUAGACCACGAAAUAUUAGUGAAGCUACCAUAAAGCAUAAUCGAUUAGUACUAAUUAAAAGACACGUAGCAGUAAAACUAUUGUUACACAAAAAAGACGAUGAAAUUCAUCGUCACAAACAAAAUGAACCAACACCUAUGACAGAUGCUCAUAAAAACAAACUAACAACUCUUCAAAGUGAGCAAAUGGCUCUUUUAGUAGAGCUCGCAGCUAUUAUUAAGCUAAGUCUUGAAGAUUCCGCUAAAGUAGCCUAUAGAAGAAGAAUGCCUCUAAAAACAUCAAGCAAUUGUGGAUGGAAAAUUUAUUAAAUUAAAAAAUAAAAAACAACUGAAAUAUAAUUUUUAUAUAAAUAAGCCAUUUGAUAAAUCACAUGUAAUGCUUGAUCAAUAACAUCAGCAACCCCUCUUUUAGCAUAACAAUAAC